CGACAGAAAUCCACACACCGGUCACUGGCACGAAUGACACUCUAAACUCUGACCGUACUAAACAGACUGAUUGAUACAAUGCGAUUGCAGCGAUUGUCGCAAACGGAAUGUAUGUAUAGAACUUCUUCAACGUUUUCCAUUAUCUAUGACUGAAGAAUUUCGGAGUUAUAUUGGUUAUAUUCGCAAAUUCGGAAAUUACUGCCGGCAACAUUCACGUUUAUCAAUCAAUGUAUAUAUGUUGUAUAACAUCGAUAACAAUCGAUAAAUAUUUUCUAGAAUGGCAGGUAAAACAAUGAUUAAUUUAUCUAGAAUGUCCAAAAUAUUUCAACCUAUGACAACUGGAUUAUCCGAUAUUGGAGACAAAACAGAAAUAUCUCAAAGUCAUAAGUUAAUGAUUAAUUAUGGAAUUAUUAAACCAGUUAGCAUUGGCAUGUAUGCUCUGUUGCCAUUGGGAAUGCGGGUCUUGAAUAAGCUUACAAAUCUUGUGGAUAAAGAAAUGACAAAUCUUGGUGCGGAAAAAAUAUUGCUUCCAGCAUUAACUUCUACUUCACUAUGGAAAAAAACUAACAGAUAUGACUCUAACAAAGCCGAAUUAUUUACAGUUAAAGAUAGGCAUGAGAAAGAAUAUAUAUUAAGUCCAACAUAUGAAGAAGCUAUCUGUGACUUAAUAUCAUCAGCAGGACAUUUUUCAACUAAAUCAUUACCCUUGAGGUUAUAUCAAAUUUCUAGCAAAUGGCGAGACGAAAUGAAACCACGGCUUGGUUUUCUACGGAGCAGAGAAUUUAUUAUGAAGGACUUGUAUACAUUUGAUACUAAUUUGGAUAAUGCACAAUAUACAUAUGAUCUAGUUUGCGAGUCUUAUAAUAAUAUUUUUAAUCAGAUUGGUAUAAAAUACGAGAAAGUCAUAGGUGAUAUGGGAACAAUCGGGGGCUUAGUAUCACACGAAUAUCAUUAUAUAUCUAAUAUCGGCGAAGAUAUCAUACUUCAGUGCCCUUCAUGUCAUUUUUCUAUUAAUCAAAUUAUUUCUAAAACAAUAAAUUGUCCAAAGUGUGAAAACGAAUUACAGCAACAUACUACUGCCGAGAUAGGGCACACAUUUUUAUUAAAUACGAAGUAUUCACAACCAUUAAAAGCAAUGUAUAUGGAGCAAAAUGAAUUGAAACCUAUGAUAAUGGGUUGUUUUGGUCUAGGAUUAAGUCGUAUUCUUAUGUUAACUGUUGAAUUGUUAUCGACAAUUAAUGAGAUAAGGUGGCCAGUGAAAUUAGCACCAUAUACAGUAUGCAUUAUACCACCAAAGGCUGGUAGUAAAGAAGAAAAUGCAUCUAAUUAUGUUGAGCGACUGUUUGAAAUUCUUUGCAAACGCGAUAUCGAUGCAAUAUUGGAUGAUCGUACACAAUUCACGAUUGGUAAACGGCUUAUAUUUGCACGUGCAUUAGGCUAUCCUUACGUAAUUAUUAUUGGCAAAGCUUCAACUCGACCGAUACCUUUAUUCGAAGUUUAUGACGUAAACAAUUCGGUUUAUAAUGAGUUACCAUUGGAACAGAUAAGUCAUUAUUUUGACAAUAUAAAUUUAAAAAAUUAGGCAUCUAAAGAAAGAUAUGUAUAGUAUACAUUUAAAAAAUAAAAAUGAAAUUUUAACGUGUGCGCACAUUGUAUAUUAUCUAAAUCUCUUUUAUAUAUAUUGAAUAUAUAUUUAAGAUAAAUAUAUACAAUAAUUAUGUGUUUAUAUAUAUAGCUUUGUAAAUAAUAUUGGUUUUUUAUCAUGUAUAAUACAUGUUCUAGUACGAACGUUCUAUUAUACUAAAUUUUUAAUAAGCUGAUUUUUAGUAGGGUGUAUGGAUCAUUGGAAAGGAGGAAAUUUAUCGAUACAUUUAAAUAUUGAUAUAUGCAUACUAAUAUACAGAUUGUUAAUUUCAAUUUUGUAAACGAUAAUAAUUAAAGUUAAAUUCAUAU